AUGAAUCUGUGUCGGGUGCUGCCAUGGGCUCUGCUUCUUCUUGUCGUUCUUGUCCUCAGCGGGUGGUGGCGAGGGGCAAAAAUGAGUGUUCGAGAGGCGAUUGGUGAAAAGGAUUUUCUGCUGCGCAGAACGCCCGCCAAUCCAAAGUAUGAGAAUGUCAAGGCGGUUGUGGAGUCUGGGCUGACGCUGGAGGUGGCACGGCUCAUGAAGCGGGCAGGGCCUAACAUUCGGCGUCAUACUGGAGAGUCCUUUCUGCGUAUGCGGCCCAACGUGCUGGCGGAGUACAUUUUACGACUUAAAAAGCAGGAAGAGGCGAAAAACGGGCGUGAGAGCGACGGUGGAUUUGCCUACCCGAUGGACGAGUACAAGCCAUCGAAUGCAAAGCCGGAGAAGGAGUACCUCAUCCUCGAUGUCCGCUCCGAGGAGGAAUACAAAGCGUGCCACAUCGAGGGUGCACUGCACUACCCAAAGCGAAGAAUGGUGCACGCCAUCAACCCGCUUCUCCCGGAGAUGUUUGAAUUUAAAAAUAAGGAAAACAAGUACAUUGUGGUGUAUGAUAUAGAAGAGGAAUUGACGGUGGGACAAAGCGUGGCGAUGAUCCUUUUUGAAAAAGGCAUUGACAACGUGGUGGUGCUAACGGGGGGACUGCGAGAGUUUGUACAGGACUAUGCCUCCCUCAUCGUGGGGCAGAGCCCUGUACCGAUAAUCCCUAGGGACACCCGGCUGCAAAAACGGGCAGAGGCGCUAUCAACAGCGCGAAGUGAAACCCAGCGGAGUGUGUUGUCACAUAAGCCAAAGAGUUUGUCGAAUAGUCUUGCCAAGCCGCGACGGUAG